AUUCUUUUUCUUGUGUACAAUUUUAAUAGAAUAACAUAUUAUGGAUGCGUUAAUUUGUAACCUUUUUAGCCUAUUUCAACAAACGUCGUGAAAAAAAAAUAGACAUAAGUUGAAGUAAAUCAAAUUUUAUUAAAAUUCAAACAACAUUGGUGAAUUUUGAUACCUUUCGCCUCGGUUUAUUCGUUUGAAAUUUUAAUUGAGAGAAAAGCUCUGACCUCUCUCAUCUCUGAACGCGAUGACCGUUGACGCCCAGCCAUCGGAGAUGGAGUCCGACCACUGCCUAAAGCCACCUGAUGGCUCUUCGGCAAGCUCGCCAGUCCAACCAAGCAAGAAAGCAAAGGCGUGGUCCAGCGAGGGAUUCUCUGGUCAAGGCGAGAUGGAUUUUGCUGUCAUAACGGCGACGAAUCAGAGUGACGAGGUACGUAAUGAGAAGACGACUCCAAGUGAGGAAGACAAUCAAGAAUCAAAGGAUGAGAAACAGGGACCAAUUCGAUCCUCCUACAAAGACUCAGUGAUUGGAAACCAUCCAUCAACUGAGGAGCCAGAAGGAGACGACCUAAUGUCGGAUGAAUCAGAACAAGAGGAUGGGGACGAUGAUCCUGAUUGCCCAACAAUCUGGAUUAAGAAACGCACCAACUCGAGAAUACAGAAGCGCUGGAAUAGAGCAAUCACUUUCAGAGUCCUGGGUAAGAACUUCCCCUUUGCCUUUACUCAAAGAAGAAUUCAAAAAAUGUGGGCAAAAACGGGUCAGGUUAAGGUUGGGGAUAUCGGGAAUGUGUAUUGCCAAGCCAUUUUCGACACCCAGCUGGAUCAUGACCGAGCUCUUUACGGGGGACCCUAGACAAUUGACGACCAUUGCAUAGUUUCGGAGCCAUGGAGGCUGGAUUUUGAUCCAGAUUACGAUUCCAUCAACAGAGCUUCAUUCUGGAUCAGAUUGCCCCGCCCCCCUGGUAUACUUCGAUGAAGAAAUACUUAUGGAUAUUGGGAACAAGUUGGGAAGAGUUGAGAAGAUCGACUACAACACUGCGAAUGGAUUCCGAGGUAACUACGCUCGAAUCUGUGUGGAAGUUGACCUGAGAAAGAGACUAGUUUCAAAGUAUAGGAUCAAACGAAGGGUUAGGAGAAUUGAAUAUGAAGGUCUUCACACCGUUUGUUUUUAUUGUUGAUAACGAUGUAAUUGCACAUGUUUGCGCCCCUAGUUCUUAUCCGUUUGAGGGGCAUAUUCGUGUGUUGUGGCCUAUUUUAUGCUAGGUUGUGUUCCUUUGUCCCAUUUCAGGUCCUAGCACAUAAAGUGAAGCAUAGGCGCAAGUUUCAAGUCAAUCAGAGAUCAAUUGACGAUUCGAGAGAGGAAACUCGGGCAUGACCUGAAGAAGAAUGGAUUUCUACCUCACUUUAUGGACAAAGAAGCGUGCAAGCUUGUUAUGAAACGAAAGAGGACGAGACUACGAGCGUCUGGGAUCAAACGGCGGCUGAUUCGGAGUCCGGACGAGGGAGAAACGAAGCAUUAAACAGAGGCUGAGCAAGCUGCACGGGCAGACCAGGGAGGCUGCACGGCCGUGCACGUGAGCAAUAUGGCCGUGCGCCUUAUGCCGAGGACACGCACGGGCAACCCCUGAAGCUCGCACGGCCGUGCACCCUGGCCGUGCGAGAGGGCUGAAGUUCGACUAAAUGACACGCUGCGUUUUGAGUUGCACGGCCAGAAUGGUGAUAUGCACGGCCGUGCACCCUGGCCGUGCGAGUCGGGAAAUCUGGUUUUAAGCCAAAUUCCGAACCAAAGGAGAGGGAGAGCUGGGUUUUGGAUCCCAAACACCCAAGGGACGAACCCUAGAGAGAGAGGGCGAUUUGAGGGCAUUCUUGGAGUAGAGAAGGAGGAUUUCUUCGCCUUGGAAGCUCGAGGAACAAGCCCGGACUUGAAGACUGAUCAUCUGAAGAUUCUUACUGCAGUCUCUCUCUUCUCUAUGGAGUAACUUCCCUUCACUUAGGUUUUGAGGAACCCUAGCUAUGUUUGUUUGAUUGGAUGAUUGUAUGAGUACUCUGACUGGAUAAUCUUGAGUUCAUAUUCAAUCUAUGCAUGUUUUCAUGAUUCAAUUCUGCUUUAGUCGAGAUUAUUGAUUCUGCUUUGAUUCUAUGAGAGGGAAUACCUGAUUAGGUCAAUAGAGCACCAUAGAUUGAUAGUAGUGGAUCGAUUGCUUUAGUCGAGGGUUGAUUCACUGCUUUGUAUCGAUUGAGAACCUCUUUCGAUAGAGGGAGUCUAGUUCAGAACGCCUUGAUCAGUUGUUCUAGAGAAGGAUACGUCCCUCUAGGCAAUUGACUCAAGAGGGCCUUGUUCCUUUAGUCGAGACUCAAGGUCUACUCAAGGAUUCUCCGCAUUGUGAAUGAAAGUGAAACAAGUUG